AGAUAGGCGGGGAAACGAAAGUGAUUGAAAACUUGAAAUUAGGGUUUUUCCCCUCUCUGCACCGUUUUAUCAAAAACCUUUGAGCACGUGUGGCUUGAGCAUUUCUCAAAUUAAAGAAUGGCUUCAAUGGGACAAGCACCAUCCCUUAAAAGGCGGGAUGCUCCGUCCAAUAGAGAAGGGGAUCAACUUACUAUAACCCCUUUAGGAGCCGGCAAUGAAGUGGGUCGGUCCUGUGUGUACAUGUCCUACAAGGGGAAAACUAUUUUGUUCGACUGUGGAAUUCAUCCUGCUUACUCAGGCAUGGCUGCUUUGCCUUACUUUGAUGAGAUUGAUCCUUCAACAAUAGACGUCCUUCUCAUCACUCACUAUCAUCUGGAUCAUGCUGCAUCCCUACCUUAUUUUCUGGAGAAGACCACAUUCAAAGGCAGAGUGUUUAUGACUCAUGCAACAAAGGCUAUAUACAAGCUGCUUUUGACAGAUUAUGUGAAAGUGAGCAAAGUUUCAGUUGAAGACAUGUUGUUUGAUGAGCAAGACAUUAAUCGCUCCAUGGAUAAAAUUGAGGUUCUUGACUUUCAUCAAACGGUUGAGGUAAGUGGCAUUAAGUUCUGGUGCUAUACUGCUGGCCAUGUCCUUGGUGCUGCCAUGUUUAUGGUGGACAUUGCAGGUGUUCGAGUCCUCUAUACUGGAGAUUAUUCUCGAGAAGAAGAUCGCCAUCUCCGUGCUGCUGAGCUCCCACAAUUCUCUCCUGAUAUAUGCAUAAUUGAAUCCACUUAUGGUGUCCAGCUCCAUCAACCACGGCACAUUCGUGAGAAGCGCUUCACUGAUGUUAUUCACACAACUAUUUCUCAUGGUGGUCGUGUUCUAAUUCCAGCAUUUGCCCUUGGCCGUGCCCAAGAGCUUCUCCUAAUCCUUGAUGAAUAUUGGUCAAACCAUCCCGAGCUCCACAAUAUUCCAAUAUAUUAUGCUUCUCCACUUGCCAAAAAGUGUAUGGCUGUUUAUCAGACAUAUAUCCUUUCCAUGAAUGAGAGGAUUCGCAACCAGUUUGCAAACUCAAACCCCUUCAAAUUUAAGCACAUUUCACCAUUAAAUAGCAUGGAGGACUUCAAUGAUGUAGGCCCAGCGGUGGUGAUGGCCAGCCCUGGUGUACUUCAGAGCGGCUUGUCACGACAAUUAUUUGACAUAUGGUGCUCUGAUAAGAAAAAUGCUUGUGUCAUACCGGGUUAUGUUGUUGAAGGGACAUUGGCGAAAUCCAUAAUUAGUGAACCAAAAGAAGUGACUCUUAUGAAUGGUCUCACCGCUCCUCUCAACAUGCAGGUCCAUUACAUAUCCUUCUCUGCCCAUGCAGACUAUGCUCAGACAAGUACAUUUUUGAAAGAACUCAUGCCUCCUAACAUAAUUCUUGUUCAUGGUGAAUCGCAUGAAAUGGGGAGGCUCAAAAUGAAGCUUCUGACUGAGUUUGCGGAUUGCAACACCAAAAUUAUCACCCCAAGGAAUUGUCAGUCUGUUGAAAUGUAUUUUAAUUCGGAAAAGAUGGCCAAAACCAUUGGAAGGCUGGCCGAGAAAACCCCAGAAGUUGGUGAGACGGUCAGUGGUAUACUUGUAAAGAAAGGAUUCACUUAUCAGAUAAUGGCUCCUGAUGAUCUCCACAUCUUCUCACAGCUAUCCACAGCAAAUAUUACUCAAAGGAUUACUAUCCCAUACUCCGGUGCCUUAGGUGUGGUAAAGUUUCGACUUGAACAGAUAUAUGAGAGUGUCGAGUCAUCAACAGAUGAGGAGUCUGGGGUUCCCACAUUGCGAGUGCAUGAUCGAGUAACUCUGAAGCAAGACUCAGAGAAGCAUCUUUCAAUGCAUUGGACUUCAGAUCCUAUAAGUGACAUGGUAUCAGAUUCUAUUGUGGCACUCGUUCUAAAUAUCAGUCGAGAGAUCCCUAAGGUAGUCAUUGAAUCCGAAGCUGUGAAAUCUGAUGAAGAAAGUGGGAAGAAAGCGGAAAAGGUUAUUUAUGCACUGCUUGUCUCACUCUUUGGAGAUGUGAAAUUAGGAGAGAAUGGAAAGCUCGUGAUAGGCGUUGAUGGGAAUGUGGCACAUCUUGAUAUACAGGGUGGAGAUGUUGAGAGUGAAAAUGAAGGCCUCAAGGAAAGAGUGAGAACAGCGUUUCGACGAAUUCAAAGCGCUGUAAAGCCUAUCCCACUCUCUGCAUCUUAACAUGUCUUUUCUUCUAAUGUAUUUCCCAUCUCCACUAAACAUGUUCCUGGAUUUUGAUGGAAUUUUGGAAACCUUGAUUUACUGCAGUUUAUAAUUUGUAUGUUGUGUAGAAUGUAGAUUGUAAUGAACUGAAACUUUUCAGCCCUCUUUUUGUAUAGCUUAGCACUGAAUUAGACCAUGGAUACAUCAACCCUUCUUCCACAAUAUCUUU